UCACAUUGUCCGUUAGAGAUUAAUCAUGGAAAAGCGAACUGUUAGCAGCAAGGAGGACCGUCAGGUCCUCCAGCAUUAUGUUGCCAUGAAAAAUACCAUUCUGAUGCGUAUAUCCGGAGAAUGUGACAAAAAUGUCAAUACAUUGCGUCUUGGCAUGCUCGUAGAGGCAGUCGAGGAUUUGGGAGACAGCGCACUCAGAAUACGUGUUGUUGACACGACAGGAUCAGAAGUCUGGCAUGGCACAGACUGGCGAUGUCACAGAAUUGAUUUAAUUCCUGUAUCAUCAGAUGUGUGGAAGUUCCUGCCUGCGGUAACUGUGCCUCAAGAAAGAGUACGCUUGGCCAAUCACAAGCCGUUAUGCAAAGAACUAAUGAGUCUGAUGAUAGAAGAUACCAUUUGGUAUUGUCCUGAUCCUCAAGGAUAUACCAAGUAUUUGGCUCUCAUUAAAUACAUUGGACCUGUGCCACAACUUGGUCAAGGGUAUUACUUUGGCCUUGAUUUGCUGGAAGGACAAGAAUCAUCCAAAACAGCUUUGUUAAGUAAAGAGUACUUUGUUUCUACCCAUUCAGAAGGAAGGUUUGUUACCUUGAGUAACAUUUUUCCAUUGAAGCCUGAGGGACCCAAUGGUCUUGGGAAUGUAGACAAAAAUUUCUUUGUGAAAUCAGAUUCAGGAAAGAAUUACAUGAAUGAUAAAAAAAAGUCUGUACUGGAUUCUAUACCACCUGUUCUUUUAGAGAGAUUCACUACUUUUGAUGACAACAAAAAUAAUAACAGAGAUCAAAGAUCUCUGUCAAAAGAAUAUGUUCAGUCGACUAAGGCAAUGUCAGUGGAAAAUGAUAGCAGUGCAGCUAAAAACACAAAUGUCCAUGCAUAUACACAAUCUGUGUUGCAAAACAUUCCUCUCUUUGUAUUAGAGCACAAAUGGAGUAGUGACGUAGAUUCAAAUGUGUACAGUGACAUUGAUGGAACUUCGGAACGUUUAAGCCUAUUGAAUCAUAGUAGUACACCAGAAAAAAAUGAAAAUAAGAAAUUUGGACGACCAGAAGCCUCAGAUUUAAUUGUUGGUUCCAAUGUAAAAGUGCUUCUGGAUUCUGAUGUGCACUAUGGAAUCAUUCGCUGGAUUGGUACCCCUCCUGGUAUUACUCCUGGCAAAUUAAUGGCAGCUGUAGAAUUGGAUGAUAGUCAUCCUUCAGGAACUGAUGGAACUUAUAAAGAUGUUAGAUAUUUUCAUUGUCGACCUUACAGAGCUGUUUUUACAGAGCUUGAUCAAUGUUCUCGCUAUGAUACAAUGGCAAAAAUUGAUGAUCCAGCAACAUCGAUCAAUACAGACAAUUUUGGAAACAUGGAGAGCUCUGUAAUAGUCGGAAUGGUGCGGCCUAUUUCCGUCAAAGGGAAUCUAGAAAGUAUUUGUGGAAAAUAUAGAGGAAUUCAAGGUCAUCACAAUUCCUGUUACUUGGAUGCCACUCUUUUCAGCAUGUUCACAUUCACUAGUGUGUUUGACAAUCUUUUAUUUAGACCACCCAAUGAAAAAGACUGUCCACAAUACGAAGAAGUGCAAAGAGUACUACGCGAAGAAAUAGUAAAUCCACUUAGAAAAAAUAUGUUCGUUAGAGCGGAUCAUGUAAUGAAACUUCGGACAUUACUUGAGAAACUGUCAUCAGUAUCUGGGUUGACUAGUGAAGAAAAAGAUCCCGAAGAAUUUUUAACUUCAUUGGUUGCGCAAAUCCUGAAUGCUGAACCUUUUCUGAAACUAAGUUCCGGUCAGGACGCGUAUCACUAUCAACUUUUCGUUGAAAAGGACGAUCAUCUGAAUCUUCCAACAGUACAGCAACUAUUGGAACAAAGUUUCCUGACAAGUAAUAUACGAUUAAAAGAAGUUCCUUCCUGCCUGAUUAUACAAAUGCCUCGAUUUGGAAAAUCAUUCAAAAUGUAUCCAAAAAUUCAGCCAACACUUUUGCUGGAUGUAACGGACAUAAUUGAAGAUUCUCCUAGACAAUGUACUGUUUGUGGGAAACUAGCGGAGUUCGAAUGCAAGGAAUGUUACGGACAAUGUGGUGUCGGACUAGAAAGUAUUGCAUUUUGUUUACAAUGUUUGGAAAAGGUGCAUCGUCAUGAACGAAGAACAAAUCAUGAACCAAAAAAGCUUGUUGUACCAAUGGAAUUCGCCAUCUUACAGGAACAUUGUCCUGUUCCGCGAUUGUAUCUGGAACUGUCGGCAGUGGUUUGCAUUGAGACGUCUCACUAUGUUUGUUUUGUGAAAUGUGGUUCCGGAUCAGAGGCACCAUGGUGUUUCUUCGAUUCUAUGGCUGACAGAAAAGGGGAACAAAACGGCUAUAACAUACCAGAAAUGGUUCCGUGCCCUGACUUUCCGUAUUGGCUAAGUGAAGAAGGUGGAAAUUAUUUGACUGAAUUAACGGAUGACCGUCAUUUGCCCGAACAUGCAAAACGACUCUUAUGCGACGCCUACAUGUGCAUGUAUCAGUCACCAGAUGUUAUGAUGUACAAAUAA